GAGAGAGGAGAGAGUCCUUUGAGUUGAGUUUGUCUGAAGUUUAAAACAAUAUCGCAACAGAUCUUCUUUGAGUCAAGAAACACUCUAAUUAACACAAUCCUUGAGAGAUAUCAUACCCUAACCUAACCUAACAUAACAUAUUCCCUCUUCUUUCUCUUCUUUCUAAUCCCCCUCCUUCCCUUCCCCCUGUCUGAUAUUGUCUCCCACAUAAGACUCCUAAAAUCAAGAUAUGGGUGAGAGACCCAAACGCAGGGAUUUUAUUCCUCCAAGUCCAAUCUUUCCUUUCCAACAAGCCGCCCAUGACCUGUUCGUCCAAGCUUCAUCAUCUAUUCCUCCUUAUUCUUAUCACUCCAGCACUGAUCCUCCUCCUCUCAACCUUGAUAUAACCGAAGGAGGAAGGUGCAAGCCAUCCACAACUCCCAACUCUUCUGAUGAAACCUGUAAAGAGAAAAAUAAGAAAAGAAUUAUGCACAGAGAUUUGGAGCGCCAAAGAAGGCAAGAAAUGACCAUCCUUUAUGCAUCCCUCAGAUCACUUCUCCCUCUGCAAUAUCUCAAGGGAAAGCGAGCUAUCUCCGAUCACAUGAACGAAGCUGCCAAUUAUAUAACAGACCUAAGGAAGAGAAUCCAACAACUUAGUAGCAAGAGAGAUGGGCUCAGAAAUGUACCCAACUCUUCAGGCGGUCGCGACUUCGUCGUUACCGGCAAUUGUCCACCAGAGAACUGUGUUACUGUCCGGCCUUGUUUGGGUGGAGUGGAGUUUGUUAUUAGCAGUGGCUUGAGGAAUGAAGAGCUUAUUCCAUUGUCGAUAGUGCUGAGAGUUCUGGUAGACCAUGGGUUUAGUGUAAUUAGCUGCGUUUCUACUACAGUGGACGAGAGAUCACUUCACACUAUUCAUUCCGAGGUUAGCAAUGAUCUCACAUCUGUGGAUCUAUCAGCCCUGCAGCAGAUACUGAUUGAUUUGAUCGCAUCCUCUUCGAAUUAGGGUUCCAUGAGACCUGGUUUCUCCUUUUCUUCCUCGUUUGCUGAAUUUGAAGGGUGUUUUUUUUUUUUUUUUUUACCUUGGUAGACAUUUGUGUAUCACCAAUAUUCUCACCUUAUGAAUCAAAUCAAAAUGUGGAUGUCAGAAGUGCUGUGAAUUUGGUAGUUUGUAGUUCUCUUUGGAGGCUGUCAAUGGUUUUAUUAUGUAUAUAGGUUUCUUUAGAUAAGAAUUGAAACCCACACAGUGGCUUGGAUUCAUCUCCC